AUGCUUCCUGUAUUAUUUUUUGCGUUUUGUUACCCAUACCUUACCAAAUGCACCGCCUCGAUAAAUCCCACCAGAUUACACGAUGUUGCCAGUGGUAAGCAAACAUUAGUUCUAACUAGUCAACAUUCAGAGCUGAACUUCCAAAACGGUGAGAAACGUGCUUGUGCUAUUUUGAAUCCUCGACAUUCAAAGGAAUCAGCAGUGUAUCAUAUCGAUCUUCGAGAAAGAUAUCCCAUAAUUCUAAUUAACAUGACUAUUUAUAAUGCAGUUCACAUUACAGGUGGAGUCAAAGUGAUAGUAGAUGACCGCCUUUGUGCAGUGCCAAAUUUUACAAACGGUACAAAUGAGAUUAAAUGUUCCAGUUACAUAACAGGCCGAGUUUUCACCAUGAAGGCAUGCGUGCCAGUAACCGUGUGUAAAGUUCAGAUUUUCACUUGCAAGGCAGGAAAAAGAGGAUCUGACUGUAACGAGACAUGUGUAGCGGGUACCUACGGGGUUGGCUGCCGACCUUGUAACUGCCGAAGCAACGUCUCAUGCAGUAAAUCAGAUGGCUUCUGUUCGUCAGGCUGCCUUGGUGCAAACUAUGACAAAAACUACGACUGCUACUAUACAUCCAUUUCGAGAAAAGAAGAUGGUCAUUUUGCCAGUCUAUCAGAAGCAUAUUUUAGAGGUAUUACAUUCAUACCCCUGAUUAGCCGAAAUGAAAUUAUUCUGCGAAGAAGAGAUUAUUUUGAUGAUGAAGAACAAAACUGUACCAUUUUUGAAUCCGACGAAAACAAGAGAGUUGACGUUGAGUUAUCGUAUCAGCCAUCCAUUGUUGUCAGACAAGUACAAAUUACAUACUGUAGCCUUGACAUUUCUCCGCCUUAUUCCAUACGUAUUACUGUGAAUGGGCAUUCGUGUUUCGGCCAGACAGUAUACGAGAAAUUACAGCUGGGCACUCAUACAUUCACAUGUCAGAGGAAAAUUGCUGCUGGGAGUACUCUCAUUAUUAGUCACACAAGUCACGAUGUGAAUUCAAACUCUACAGUAGCGGUCGGGUGCAGUAAAAUUGUGGUACUCGCAUGUGCAAAGGGAUUUUACGGAUCUACAUGUAGACUUCCUUGCCAUUGUUUAGGAUCUGCCUGCGAUCCUGUGACUGGCUAUUGCAAGUCAGGUCUGUGUGGAAUCUUUGCCAGAGGUCGCAACUGUGCAUCAGUUAAUAUUGCCUUUCUGCGACCUGUUUCUGUACGUGCCAGCAUGGGACAU